AUGGUUAGGGAUUCCGAAGGAAAAACUGUUCUAGACUUUGUUUCCACCAUAGACUCGGUGGAUAAGGUAGAUAAUCUCAGAUCCAAGUAUAACUUCCCCUCCGCCUUAGAGUCGAGAGCUCCGUUAGGAAACGAGAGGGCCAACUCUCCUCCAAGGGGAAGAAUUACUGUGUAUGAUCGAUUUAUGCAUCUAGGGCUUAGAUUUCCCCUUUACCCCCUGUUUGAGGAGAUUGUUCAACAUUAUAGGACUCCUCUCGCUCGUUUUACCCCAAAUUUAAUUAUAUUUGUACUGGGGUUUGCGAGAGUGUGCCAAUAUGUAAAGGUGGUACCUCGAUUGAUAUUAUGGAGGUACUUUUUCCAAGUAGUUGUGGCCUCGACUUCUUUCCAAGAUUGGUAUAUAGUUAAAAGACGCCUUAGAGCCGGCGUGAAGAAGAUGGUCGAGGCGUACGGCGGUUCUCCGGAAUGGAAACCGGAUUUUGUGUUUGUAAAGGCGCCUGCAAGUUAUUGUCUGCCAUGGAAUCUCUGUGAGACACAGGGCCUUGGGGCCAUAAAAGAUGAAUGGACCCAAGAGGAUGAAGAGUGUGUGGAGGAGUUCCAGGCAGAUGUUGGGAAAAUUCGGAAGUACUCGAACGUCGUUAAGUGGAACGACGUCCAAUACUAUGUGCCCCCUGCAUAUGUGAAGGAAGGUGAUAAGGUCAUGUCGUUGAGCAAUGCUGGGUCUCGAUUGUUUGGUGACGAAGAUCCUUUUGUCAUUGUGAAUUCAGAUGAGGACGUUACUGUUACUGCCGCCCCUCAGAAGAAGAAGAAAGGGAUCGUGAAGGUGGGUGAUAGGGCAAAGUUCAAAAAGGCCAAGACGGAUGUGCCCCCGAAGGAAACUGCCCAACCAAGCGUCGAGACGGUGCCCGUUGCCACUGAGUCUGUGCAGAAAACUGUGCCGGAGACAGGGCCAAGCGUAGUUCCUCCCGGGGUAGGGAAAGGAAAGGGCCCUCUCGAGGGAGAGGCCAUAGUCUUGCCCCCCCAACUGUUCGAGGGAGGCCCGACUGUGGCAGUUCAUACCUUCAGCAACCCGCCUUCAAUCGAGUGUCCUACUCUCGAGGAAUUUGCUGCCCAAUUGAAUGAAACUGACAGCUUGCGGCUGAUGAGUGCAGCCUCGAUGGCCUACUUAGUGCAGCUGAGGAAACUUCGAGAGGACCUAGAAGCAGCAAGGGCAGAAAGGGACGAGGCAUUGUUCGAGGUGGUUGCCCUCGAGGAGAAGGCUCGCCAAGUUCAGGCCAAGGAAGCAGAGAUUGUCGAGGUGCAGGCCAAAUACAACGAGCUCGACGAGAAGAUGAAGUCGUUUACCGGCCUGCAUAUCUCCAAGGAGGAGCUCCACCAGUGGUGUACCGCCAUUAUGUAUAGAAUGAUGUCCACAGGCGGAAUGGCGGCAGCUCUCAAGCAGGUGAACUUGGUUGCCACCAAGUGUGGUGCGCACAGAGUGGGCGUGGCAGGGCUGAGGAGGCUCGACCAGGAUAUGCCAAUUAAGGCCAAAUGGUUUAAGCAACUCUUGAUGAAGGACCCGAAGAAAACCAUGCACGAGGCCAUGGCGAAGGUCUUGACGAGGUUGAGCCUUGAGCAGCUCCCUCUGUGGGGAGCUUUGACCGGUGUCGUGCCCAAGAUGAGUUCCCCUGUGGAGAUUGCCUCAUUUCCAGGCGACGUCCCUGCUGUCCUGGCCAAGGGUCUGAGUGAGACAGACCCCAUUCCCGAGGUUCCUGACGAGUAUAUGGGCAUCGAGCUCGAGGAUGCUGAUGAGGAAACCGAGGAGGAUGUUGCUGAUAUCGGUCACUCCGGAAUUCAGAGAACCACUGAGGAUGCCUCUCAGACCCUUUCCAAGGACUCUUCCAAUGAUCCUUCCAAUGAUCCUCUCCUAGGCAGUGAUGCUGAAAGUUGGACCAUUCACCGCGUGCACCACAUGGUGUUAUCAGAGGAGCAAUCGAGGGAGUUUCCAUUAUAUUCCAUGAUAAGCAGGAUUCUGAGAAGUCGUACUGACAUGCACAGCCUCGAGACAGUGGCACAUUUGGAGAAUGACCUGCUCGAUGCCAUGAGGACGCACAACGUGAAGGUUAACCAGCAUCUGAUAAACGAGAUCAAAGGACUCCGUAAGGAGAUGCAGCAUCGAGAGGUUCAAAGCCUAAGAGACCACAGCGAUUCUUUGACUUUCGAGGCCGAGAUUCAUGACGAGCUGGUGACCAUGGAGAAGGAAAAUGCUUGA